UCUUCCGCAUUGAGCUCAGUCUGACACAAAGAGGAGAAGAGUAGGUAGGAUUCAUUCCUAACUCCACUUUAACCCGGGUUGGAGGCAGCUGUGGUCUGUGGCAGUCUCUGGGGAUUGCUUCGCUGUGAUAAAACCCUCUCCAGGCACCCAAAUCACACAGUGUGCCAACAUGGCCGACAUGGACCCCGAUGCCACCGCUCACACAGAUGAAGAGGAGCCUCUCUUUAGCCACCUGGACCUCUUCCUCUUCUCCUUGAUCAUCGGCCUCGUCGUUUAUUGGUUCAUGUCUCGCAAGAAGCCGGAGCCCAUCCCUGAGUUUAAGAAGCUUGACACACCAGCCCCCUCCACACGAGAGACGAGUUUCAUCGAGAAAAUGAAGAAAACUGGUAAGAACAUCAUCGUAUUCUACGGCUCCCAGACGGGAACAGCGGAGGAGUUUGCCAACAGGUUGGCCAAAGAUGCACAGCGAUACGGCAUGAAAGGAAUGGCUGCUGAUCCAGAGGAGUACAGCAUGGGGGAACUGUCUCGUCUGUCUGAGAUUCCAAAUGCCCUCGCCAUCUUUUGCAUGGCUACAUAUGGCGAAGGAGACCCAACUGAUAACGCCCAGGACUUCUACGACUGGCUGCAGGAGAAUGAUGACGAGGAUCUCUCUGGGCUGAACUUCACCGUUUUUGCUUUGGGCAAUAAGACAUACGAACACUACAACGCAAUGGGAAAAUACGUUGACAAAAGGCUGGAGGAUCUGGGAGCCAAGCGCAUCUUUGAUCUGGGUUUAGGAGACGAUGAUGGCAACCUUGAAGAAGAUUUCAUUUCAUGGAGAGAGCAGUUCUGGCCGGCAGUCUGCGAGCACUUUGGUGUGGAGGCGUCAGGAGAUGAGUCCAGCAUUCGGCAGUAUGAGCUGAAGGUUCACACUGAUCUCAACAUGAACAAAGUGUACACCGGGGAGAUCGGCCGCCUGAAGAGCUUUGAGGUCCAGAAACCGCCCUUUGAUUCUAAAAAUCCUUUCCUGGCUACAGUCACAGUCAACCGCAGGCUCAACAAAGGUGGUGACAGACACCUUAUGCACCUAGAGUUGGAUAUCACCGGCUCCAAGAUCAGAUACGAGUCUGGAGACCACGUUGCCGUUUUCCCUACAAAUGACUCAGCUCUAGUGAACAAGCUGGGAGAAGUCCUUGGCGUGGACCUUGAUGUGGUUAUCUCUCUUAAUAACCUUGAUGAGGAGUCCAACAAGAAGCAUCCUUUCCCCUGUCCCACCACCUACCGCACGGCUCUCACUCACUACCUGGACAUCACUAACCCUCCUCGCACCAACGUGUUGUACGAGCUGGCUCAGUACGCGUCCGACCCAAAAGAUCAGGAGAACAUGAGGAAGAUGGCAUCGUCAUCCCCUGAGGGGAAAUCUCUCUACCAGAACUGGGUGUUGGACGCUUGUAGAAACAUCCUCGCCAUCUUGGAGGACAUGCCCUCUCUAAAGCCUCCCAUCGACCACCUAUGUGAGCUGCUGCCUCGUCUCCAGGCUCGCUACUACUCCAUCGCCUCCUCCUCUAAAGUUCAUCCCAACAGCAUUCACAUCUGCGCCGUGGUGGUGGAGUACCAGACCAAGACGGGCCGCGUCAAUAAAGGAGUCGCAACCAACUGGCUGAAAAACAAACUCGUCAACGGCCACAAGUCGACCGUUCCCAUGUACAUCCGCAAGUCUCAGUUCCGCCUGCCGUUCAAGGCCUCAAACCCGGUGAUCAUGAUCGGUCCUGGAACCGGAAUCGCUCCCUUCAUGGGCUUCAUCCAGGAGAGGGGAUGGCUCAAACAGCAAGGGAAGGAGGUUGGAGAGACAGUGAUGUUUUUUGGCUGUAGACACAAGAACGAGGACUAUAUUUACCAGGAGGAGCUGGAGGACGCAGAGAAGAACAAAGUCUUAACGCAGCUCAAUGUGGCUUUCUCCAGAGACCAGGAUCACAAGGUGUACGUGCAGCAUCACCUGAAGAAAAGCAAGGAACCCAUCUGGAAACUAAUUCACUCAGAAAACGCUCACAUCUACAUCUGCGGUGAUGCCAGAAAUAUGGCUAAAGAUGUUCAGCUGGCUUUCUACGAGAUUGCAGAGGAAGUUGGAGGCAUGACACGCACCCAGGCCACAGACUACGUAAAGAAACUGAUGACCAAGGGACGCUACUCGCAAGACGUGUGGAGUUAAAUGGCCUUUUCACUACUUUACUGGUGGUUAGUUUUAAAGUUUGUCUUGUUACAAACUGAAUUUAAACACGAUAAACUCUUGUUUGUUCGCCCCUGAUUCACAAGAGCUACACACAGGUAGCAGAGGAUCAUUUAAGCAAACCCUACCUCAGCAGGUUUUUAAGAGUCCCAUUCAGAAAAUUUCAAAUCUGUUUUGUUUUUUUGUCCUUGUAUGAUUUGUGUCGUGCUCCUGAACCACCAGAGUCCCGUGGUCCUCGUUCUUAGCAACGCAUUCUACUUUGAUUCAAACAUUAACUGGAUGUUGGACUGCAGCUCUAAGAGUUUGCAGGUUUUAAAGUCAAAUCCAAGUAGUUUUAAACUAUUUUAUGUAUAUAUAAAAAACUAGCUUAAAAAAUAAAGCAGCAGAAGAUCCUAUGUCUAUUUCAGGUUUUAUUUGUCAUAAUCAGACUGCCCUUUGAACACCACUACAUGGCCUCGUUUCGUUUCAGUGGCAUUGCGGAGGGUCGUGAGUUCCUGUUCCAGUGUGAACUAGAGGAGCUUCCACGGGAAAGCUGCUGACUUUAGUGUCCCUCUGAGCUCAAAUGUACUUUAAAACAUGUAGAAUAUAUUUUUAAAAACUUCCUUGAAGAGUUUUUUGUAACUGGUUUUGUUUGCCUCCCAGGGAAUUUUCUGAGUAGGUAGGAGAAAAUCGUAUGAGUAAACACAGACAGAAGGUUAAAUCUGUUGGAGCCCUGUGGUGUUCGUCACAUUUUAAAACAUUUGAAAUGACACUUCUGAAGCACAAAAUGACUGCAUCAAAGUAUCUGACCGUAGAAGAAUAUAGAUUCAGUUCUCUCAUGAAGACCACAUGUUCAUGUUUUGUCUAAUUGUACAUGUGUACCUUAGGGUUUCCUUCCAUCAGCCCGUCUGCUCUCCGUAGAUUCAUGAGAACUUUGGAGUGAGUUAACCAGCUGUGCCUUUUUAACUCUGCCUUAUGUAAGAAGCCUCCAAACAUGACAAUACUUUGUAACUUCUGUUUUUAUCUUCCAUGUUUGCAUUUUCAUAGAAAAUUAAAUUCUUCCAAGACACUUUA